AUGUCCACAGCCGCAACCAAUGUGGACACCAUGUCCUGUCGUCAACUUCAACAGGAGUGCAACAUGCGAAGUCUUAGAGCAUCCGACAAGGCGGAAGUUCUCCGAAAACGACUCCGUCAAUCUAUGCAAGCAACUCGACCUCCUGCCAAGCGCCCCAAGAAAUCCGCUGCUGAUGAUUUGAUUUGUCCCAUCAGUUUGGAGUUGCCCUGGGACCCUGUGACAGCUGAGGAUGGACGUGUCUAUGAGCGUGAAUAUAUUGAGGAGCACAUCAAGAAAAAUCCAGGAAAUCUCACAUCCCCCAUCACCAGAGAAAAAAUGGGAACCCAGCUCUUCCCAGCCAUUCAGCACCACAAUACCAUUGAGACUUUGGUGGAGUUUGGUGUCAUUGAUGGAGAUUUGGCUGCCAAAUGGAAGGAAAAGGUGGAAAUGGAAGAAUUGCUGAAGAAGGCAGCAGCAGGCAAUGGAGAAGCCAUGCACAGUGUAGCUGUGAAUUAUUCCUACGGCGACCAUGGUUUCGUGCAACAUGACAAAUUGGCCUUCCACUGGUACAAGCGAGCUCAUGAGGCUGGGAAUGUCAAAGCCAAAGCCACCGUAGGUCAGCACUAUCUACUUGGGAGUGGUGUGGCCAGGCAACAAUUACUUGGGCUUUUUUACCUUACUGAUGCAGCAUCCCAAGGCUCAAACUUUGCGGCCUAUGAAUUGGGAAUGACAUUUGCCAAUGGAUUAUAUGGCUUGAGCGUGGAUAAAACAGAAGCCAUCCGUUGGCUGGAGAAGUCACUUGGGAACUGUCCCCAUAAGCAUCUGUGUGAGGAUUCCAAGAGUGAAGCCCAGCAGAAAUUGGACGAACUGAAGUCCUCAGUGCCUGCAGGUUCUGCGACCUCGUGA